UGAACCGAGAAUAAUCUAUUUCCCUCUUCUCGCUCCCUUCUUUUUCUUUCUUCCAUCAUCCUACGAUUCCCUUCUCCUCUAUCCCUCUCUUAGGGUGGCGAUGUCGUUGCCUCCGUUUAGCUGCCGCAUUCUCGCGGCAGCCGUGGCCCUCUAUCUAACCGGUCUGCUAUGCCUUGGUGCUGGUGAAGCUCCUUCUAAAGAUGCCGCGGCUCCCAAGAUUCCUGGCUGUUCCAACGAAUAUCAAAUGGUCAAGGUUGAGAAUUGGGUUAACGGAGAAAAUGGUGAAGAUUUUAGUGGCAUGACUGCUCAGUUUGGUGCCGUGCUUCCGUCUGAUAAAGACAAAGCUGUUAGACUUCCUGUUGUUCUUACCACUCCUUUGAACAGUUGCUCAAAUUUAACCUCAAAGCUAUCUGGUUCCAUUGCGUUAUCUGUACGUGGGGAAUGUACAUUCACAGCUAAGGCUCAGGUUGCACAGGCAGGAGGAGCUGCAGCUUUGGUUUUAAUAAACGAUAAAGAAGAGCUGGAUGAGAUGGCUUGUACUGAGGGAGAAUCUCCCUUAACUCUUACUAUACCUGUUUUGAUGAUUACUACAUCAUCUGGAGAUGCCUUGAAGAAAUCCCUUGUGGCAAAUAAGAAAGUGGAGCUAUUAUUGUAUGCUCCAAAAAGCCCAGUUGUGGAUUAUGCAGUGGCAUUCCUCUGGCUAAUGUCUGUUGGAACAGUAUUCAUUGCUUCUGUCUGGUCACAUUGCACCGGUCCUAAGGAGAACGAUGAGGAGUACAAUGAAUUAUCACCAAAGAAGUCUUCAGUUGAUAGUGCUACCAAAGAUGCUACUAAAGAUGACGAUGAGACACUUGAUAUCAGUGCUACUGGUGCUGUUAUCUUUGUCAUAUCAGCGUCCACGUUCCUUGUGUUGCUCUUCUUCUUUAUGUCAUCAUGGUUCAUCUUAAUCCUGACCGUCUUUUUCUGCAUUGGUGGUAUGCAGGGAAUGCAUAAUAUUAUCUAUACCCUCAUAACAAUGAGAUGCAAUAAAUGUGGUCGGAAGACUGUGAAAGUCCCCUUGUUUGGGAAUGUAACGAUUCUAUCACUCAUGGUUCUGUUGUUCUGCUUUGUGGUUGCUGUCGUCUGGUUCAUAAACCGCAAAACAUCGUAUGCAUGGGCCGGACAAGAUAUUUUUGGUAUUUGCUUGAUGAUAAAUGUCUUGCAAGUGGCUCGGCUACCUAAUAUCAGGGUUGCAACCAUUCUUCUAUGUUGUGCAUUUUUUUAUGACAUCUUUUGGGUGUUCUUGUCACCACUAAUCUUCAAGCAAAGUGUAAUGAUUGCGGUUGCACGUGGGAGCAAAGACACAGGAGAAUCUAUUCCCAUGCUACUGAGAUUUCCAAGGCUUUCUGAUCCAUGGGGUGGUUACAACAUGAUUGGUUUUGGAGACAUUCUAUUCCCGGGUCUUCUCAUAUGCUUUAUCUUCAGAUACGACCGAGAAAACAACAAAGGAGUAGUGAAAGGCUAUUUCCCAUGGUUGAUGUUUGGUUACGGACUUGGACUAUUCUUGACAUACUUGGGACUAUAUCUUAUGAACGGACACGGUCAACCUGCACUGCUCUAUCUCGUGCCUUGCACUCUUGGUAUAACGGUUAUACUAGGGUUGGUGAGGAAAGAACUCAGAGACUUGUGGAACUACGGGACUCAGGAGCCUUCAGUUUCAGAUGUAAAUCCAUCUCCAGGAGCAUAACUUGCUCUCCUACAUAAGAAAGCAGCAACAUGAUUCUGACAAAAAAAAAUUCUUCUUUUGCUCAUAAUUGUAACACAUGGGAUUGACCCUUACAUGUACACACUAGUUGAGCCCCCACUUCUGUAUCUAAAAUUUAAUUUAUUUUAUCACUGACAUAAUGAACUAGUGAGCAACAACUUUAACAAAACGAUAACUAAUGUUUUAA